GACGAGGAAGACGACAACUGAACCCCGGGAGUUCGCGGACGACGGACCGCUCGCCGACGCUGACGUGCGGGCCAUCGCGCCGUCGGGCACGCCAGGCUCUCCCCGGCUCGUUAUCUCGGCGAGCAGAGCACCGCAGCGCGCACACGCGUCGCUCGCUCGCUCGCUCGCCCGGGCGCCUCCUCCUCCCCGAUGGCCACCGUCGCCGCCUCGCUCCCGCUCCGGGCCGCCGCCCGCGCGGGCCCGGCGCCGUCCCGCCUGCCCUCCGACGCAGCCUUCUUCCCCGGCCGCCCGUGGCAGCGCGGGCUGGCGGCGAGGGGCCGGCCCCGGGAACCAGCGGGGUGGUUCCGGGCGGAGGCUCUCUCCGGCGGCGGCGGCGGAGGACCGCCGCGGAGGGAGCCCAUGGCGCCUCCUUACAACGUCCUCAUCACCGGUUCCACCAAAGGUAUAGGAUACGCGCUGGCAAGGAAGUUCCUCAAGGCUGGUGAUAAUGUUGUAAUAUGCUCAAGAUCAGCUGAAAGGGUAGAAUCUGUAGCCAGUGACUUGAAAAAGGAAUUCGGAGAGCAACAUGUGUGGGUACCUACUGCUGAGCUACUUGGUCCCUAUAUUUUCAUUCAGGGGACUGUCUGUGAUGUUAGAGAAGGAAAGGAUGUGAAGGCGCUUGUGGAUUUUGCGCGUGACAAGCUGGAGUAUAUUGAUAUUUGGAUCAACAAUGCCGGAUCAAAUGCAUAUAGUUACAAACCAUUGGUGGAAACCUCUGAUGAGGCUCUAAUUGAGGUGAUCACCACUAACACUCUUGGAUUGAUGCUAUGUUGUCGUGAGGCAAUAAAUAUGAUGUGGAACCAACCUCGAGGUGGUCACAUAUUUAACAUUGAUGGUGCUGGCUCUGAUGGAAGGCCAACCCCAAGGUUUGCCGCUUAUGGUGCAACGAAGAGAAGUGUGGUGCACCUUACAAAGUCUCUACAGGCUGAGUUGCAGAUGAAUGAAGUGAAUAAUGUCGUGGUGCAUAAUUUAUCGCCUGGCAUGGUUACGACUGAUCUUCUUAUGUCUGGUGCUACCACAAAGCAAGCAAAGUUUUUCAUCAAUAUAUUAGCUGAAACUCCUGAUGUGGUUGCGGAUUACCUUGUUCCAAACAUCAGAGAAAUCCCUACCAAGCAAUCCAUGAAGCCGACUUACAUUCGCUUUCUCACAGGCUUGAAAGCCUACUCCAGAAUAUUUUCAAGAAUUGCUUUUGGUGCUCGUAGGAACAAGUAUGUUGCCGAGGAUUAGUUUUCUUACUGCCAUCUUCCAACCCAGAAGAAACCUAGGGAUAUUCUUGUUAUCAUAUUUUAGAAGUCCAUUCUUUUGCUGUAAAAAUAGGAUGUAUCACUGAGGGCACCUUGAGAGCACAACAAUGUACUCCUCAUAUAUACAAUACAUGUAAUUUGAUUAAACCUCAUCAAAUUUAUUGUCAUUGAUUGAAUCAUUCACAGUUCACUGGAUUA